AUGGCCCUCCUGCUGUCUCUUCUGGCGGCCCUGGCAGUGCUCAGCUGUUGCCCCGGUGGCUCUCUGGCCUGUGACCUGCCUCCGAGCCACGCCGCCUUGAGCAGGAGCAACUUUGCGCUUCUGGGUGAAAUGAGGAGAAUCUCCCCUUUCUUGUGUCUUAAGGACAGGAAAGACUUCAGCUUCCCUUGGGAGGCGCUGGAUGGCAGCCUGUUGCCGAAGGCCCAGGCCGUGUCCGUCCUGCAGGAGAUGCUCUGGGAGACCGUCCACCUGUUCCUCUCGGAGGACUCCUCUGCUGCCUGGAACGCGACCCUCCUGGACCGGCUGCUCAGUGGGCUCUACCGGCAGCUGCAAGCCCUGGACGCCUGCUCGGUGGAGGAGGUGAGAGAGGAAGACUCGGCCCUGAGCAUUGAAGCCUCCGUUCUUGCUGUGAAGAGCUACUUCCAGGGAAUCCAUCUCUACCUGCAAGAGAAGAAGUACAGUGACUGUGCCUGGGAGGUGGUCCGAGUGGAAAUCAGGAGAUGCUUCUCUCUGUCAACGCUCUUGCAAGAAAGACUCAGCACAAAGAAUGGAGACCUGGGCUCACCUUGA